CCCUCUGUAAUAUAAUAUCUCUUACUCUGAAAGUACAGUCUCCUUUGCUUCAUCUUCGUCAUCAUCUUCAAUCAAUUAGCUAAUCAUUAACAGCAUGGCGGGGUGUAUAAGCUUCACCGCCACGCGCGACCGCUGCUUCCGCUUCUCCUUCUCCAGCGCCGGCCUCAAAUCCGCCACCACUGAUCUGGGUCAAGGUACCAUCAUGCACUGCUGGGUCCCCAAGGCCCACAAAGACUCGAAGCCCAACCUCCUCCUCCUCCACGGCUUUGGCGCCAACGCAAUGUGGCAGUGGAACGACUUCCUCCCCCCACUCACGCGCCGCUUCAACGUCUACGUCCCGGACCUCCUCUUCUUCGGGGACUCUCACACGACCCGCCCCGAUCGCACCGAGGCCUUCCAGGCCCAGUGCGUGGCCGCCCUCCUCCAGGCCCACGGCGUCCGGACAAGCAGCGUAGUCGGGAUCAGCUACGGCGGCUUUGUCGCCUACAGCCUCGCCGCGCAGUUCCCUGAGCGCGUGGAGAAGGUGGUGCUGUGCUGCGCUGGGGUGUGUUUCGAAGAGAAGGACUUGGAUGAAGGACUGUUUCAGGUGAAGAGCGUCGACGAGGCUGCCGAAAUCUUGCUGCCUCAGACGCCGGAAAAGUUGAGGCAGCUUUUGCGCCUCGCGUUCGUCAAGCCCUCUAAAGUCACGCCCACUUGUUUCCUCACUGAUUACAUCAACGUGAUGUGUACUGAAAAUAUCCAAGAGAGGAAAGAACUGAUCGAAGCAUUGUAUAAGGAUAGAAAACUGUCUGAUCUUCCUAAGAUAACACAGCCUACGCUAAUAAUCUGGGGAGAAAAGGACUUGGUAUUCCCAAUAGAACUAGCUCACAGACUCAAAGGGCAUCUGGGAGAGAACGCAGAACUAGUGGUUAUUAAGAAUGCAGGACAUGCCGUGAAUGUAGAGAAGGCCAAUGAGAUGUACAAACAUUUAAGAUCCUUCCUCAUUGAUUCCACAGCUCCAACUAUGCAAAAAAACCACAGUAACGGUCGCCAUGUGGAUUAGCAGAAAAAUAGAAAGAUGUCACACUACAGACAUUUAGAUUUGAUUUCACCAUUGUAGAUAUGCUUGUGUAUUAAUUUGUUUGAACGCUAUUAUCAGUCAUGUGGUAUUGUUUUUUCUCGGGCAGGACUGAAAGGGGAUGGUUGUGAAACUGGUUCCAUAUAGAGAGAAUAAAAACAGUGCAUCUGUUUCUUAUUUAAAGGAGUGUCAGAAAAUAGUUUUUAGAGAGCAUCUUCCACUGUAAAUUCAUAAUUAAGGAAACUCGGCUGGGAUUGCAUGGUAAUAAUAUCAUGACUUGUUGUGUGUGCAUUUCAA